UUCUUCCCUAUUCUCAGCCACUCUCCUCCGUGGCGCGUGUUAAAUCCUCAAUCAGACGGCCCACAAUCUCCGGUCCGUCACCACCACUUCGCUAAUGUGCGCCAUUCUUCAUCUUCUUCUUCUUCUUCAAUCUUCCUCUCUCUCUAAAAUCCCCCUUUUACAGUCAGAUCCCUUAUUUUUCCCAAACUGUAAACUCCAUUAUUGCGAAGCUCCCAUUGGGCUCUCUCUAUAACAUGCGCAAUCUUCUGGUUCCGACCACCGCCAUGCCUCCGUCCUCAAUUCUCUCCUCAUCGUCGUCAAUUCCCAAAUCCAAGACUUCUGCAAACCCUAACCCUAGCAAUUCUCUUCUCUGUAAACAUUCGCCAUCGGCAACCCUUGACCUUCUUAUUCUCAUUCUUGUUCUCUUUUCUGGUACCUUCCUUGUAACGUCAUAUUUCUCCUACAUUUUCAACUCUCUGUCGAUUCUCUUAUCGCAUUCAGCCCCGCAGCUUCCUCAAUUUCCGUUUCCGUUUAUUGCUGGGUUUUUGUUGUUCUUCUGUGUGACUAUUGGCGUGUUUGAGAUUUGUUGUGGCGCCAGAUCGAGGAAAUGCGCGAAGCCGGGAUGUAAAGGGUUGAAAAAAGCUAUGGAGUUUGAUCUGCAAUUGCAAACGGAGGAGUGUGUGAAGAAUGGGUCGAAGGAGAUAGAUAAAUUGCCGUGGAAAGGUAGUAAUGUGGCCAAUCCGGAUUAUGAGUGCUUGAGGUCCGAGCUGAGGAAGAUGGCACCACCCAAUGGCCGAGCUGUUCUGCUCUUCCGGGCGCGCUGUGGCUGCCCCAUCGCGAAGCUUGAAGGCUGGGGGACUAAGCGUGGGCGGCGGCAUAAGAAGGUUCUGGCAACACUGGAUCUUAAUGGGGGAGGAGAUGAUCACUGAUCGUCGAUAGUGACUUCGCUGUCGAGAAGACCUUCCAGAUAUCUUACUUUCUCUUCCCAUCAUUUUACUUAAUUUUAGAUGCUCUUUCUGAAACAUAUGGAUGACUAGAGCUUUCUUUUAUAAGAACAUAUACUAUAUAACACAGUGGGUAUUCAUUGCCAGAAACAGGCUGCACUAUCCUGGGAGAUUCUUCCUCGCCCAUGGAAAUGGAAAUAUAUACCGAACUUACUGCAAAUAAAACCACAGACUAUGAUAGUUAUAUCUCCUGCUCCAUCUUGCAAGUGUGAUGGGAAGAUUAUUUUCUUCUUUUUCCCUUAUAUUUUCUCUCUUUUGAUCUAUUUAGUGGUUCUCUGCCCAUGUAGAUGGGGUUGAAAUAACACUAAUAUAGCUUUAGUUGUACAGUAAUGAGUCGUUAAAAAUCGA